AUGCUGAAAGAAGCGUUUGAGGCGCUGCUCUUGGAAUCUCAGGAAAAUGACCCAAACUUUAAUCAACAAAUUGAUUCCGUAUUUCAAAUGGCUUUAGCUUUAAGUUCAGUUGACGGAACUGAUGUCAAAGAUUUGUUGCUUUUGUGGUCCAAUUAUUUGGAGUUUUCCAUGAAAAACAUCAAAAAUGAGAAACAAUUUAUGGAUUUGUUUGAAUCGAUUCGCUUCAAGUCUUUGCCCUUUUGGAAAAUUGCUAUUGGUUUGGCAAUCGAGAGAAGCGAUCACUUGUCUGUUCACAAGUUCUUUCAAAUUGCCAUCUCUUUAAUGCCCUAUAAUUCCAGUUUAUGGCAGAAUUUCAAGACAUAUGAGGCGUCCCAUCAAAUGGAUAAUGUGAAGACAUUUGUUGAUGGAAACAAUGAUUUGAGUGAUUCUUCGAAUUGGAAUAAAAUCUUCAGUUUGAGGAGUGAUGAGGACUGGAGACACAUCUGGCACUCAGAGAAACACAAACGCUGUUAUCAGGACCUCAUAGACCAUAUGGAGUGGGUCUGCGAUAAAGACAUCUACAAACUCCGCAAAAAGCGAGAUCUCAUCGAAGUCGAGACGUUCACAAACGGACCCUUCCUAUUGCCAAAGGAAGCCAAUAAUAUGUUCGGAAUCUUUCGAUUCAAGAAAAGUAAUAAUAAGAGAAUUAGGAAAAGAGGAAUAAUCGACGAGUGCUGUAACGGGUCGGCCGGCUGUUCGUGGGAAGAGUACGCCGAGUACUGCCCCGCAAACGGCAGACUCUGCAUCUAA